AUGGGAACCGCGAGGACCUACCUCCCCUGCCAGCCCCCACUGUCACCCCCGUCCCGCCCAGGCAGGGCUGGCUGGCUGUGCCCCAAGGCUCACUCUACCGUCCUCCACAGGGGUCUCAGGGGACAGGCUGAGCAGGAGAACAGGAGCCCUGUGGGUCCUCGAGCAGUGCCCUCAGGGACCCUGCAGAGGCGGCCUUGGUUAAAGCCAGGGAGGAAUCUCCCCGCUGAAGGUGCUCACAGCAUCUCCUUGUCCCUCCCCCAGGUACCCUCAUUGCUGCCUUCCUGCCCACACUCCCGCCUGCUGGCCCUGACCUGUGUCAUCAUGCCUCGGGGCCAGAAGAGCAAGCGCCGUGCCCGCGAGAAACGCCACCAGGCCCGGGGGGAGACGCAGAGUCUCAAGGGUGCCCAGGCCACUGAGGUGGCGGUGGCGGCGGCAGCAGCAGAGAUAGAAGAGUCGCCCUCCUCCCCCUCUUCUGUUUCUCAGGGUACUCCCCCGAGCUCCCGUGCUGCUGGCACUCGCCAGGAGCCUCAGGGAGCCCCAGCCACUAGCUCUCGUGAUGCAGGGGUUUCCUGCCCAGGAUAUGAAGAGGGUGCCCGGGCGAGCCAAGAUGAGGAAAGUGCAAGUACCUCCCAGGCAGCACCUUCCACUCACAGCACUUGGAGAGAUCCUCUGUCCAGGAAGGCCAGCAAGUUGGUGGAGUUCCUGCUGGAGAAGUACAAGAUGAAGGAGCCCAUCCCGCAGGCAGCAAUGCUGAAGAUUGUCAACAAGAAGUACAAAAAGCACUUCCCCGAGAUCCUCAGGAGAGCCUCUGAGCGCAUGGAGCUGGUCUUUGGCCUCGAGCUGAAGGAAGUCGACCCCAGCUGUCACUCCUACGCCCUCAUCAGCAAGCUGGCCCUCCCCAGCGAGGGAAGUCCCAGUGAUGAGUCGGGGCUGCCCAAGUCCGGUCUCCUGAUGAUUCUCCUGGGCACGAUCUUCAAGAAGGGCAACCGUGCCACCGAGGAGGAGAUCUGGGAACUCCUCAAUGCGGUGGGUUUGUAUGCUGGGAGGAGGCACUUGAUCUUUGGGGAGCCCAGGAGGCUCAUCAGCGAAGAUUUCGUGCGGCAGAAGUACCUGACGUACCGCCAGGUGCCCAACAGCGAUCCUCCGCGCUAUGAGUUCCUGUGGGGCCCGAGAGCCCACGCUGAAACCAGCAAGAUGAAAGUGCUGGAGUUUGUGGCCAAGAUCACUGGUACCGUCCCCAGUGCCUUCCCAGAUCUCUAUGAGGAGGCUCUGAAAGAUGAGGAAGAGAGAGCAGGCGUGAGAGCCGCGGCCAGGGCUGCAGCUGUUGCUCAGCGCAGUGCACUUCCAGGGCCAAGGCCCGCAGCUCCUCCCACAUCUAGGGAGGGAGGCCGCGGGCAGUUUGUUCACUUUGUUUUGGAAGAGAGCAGUCAAGCUCCUAAAGAGUGCAGCGUAGAAGGUGAAAGCCUUGGUCUGAGGCUGGCAGACAGACAGUCAGUAGGGAGGCUGGAGUCCCAUAUGCUACCUGAAGUCAAGAAUUUCCAAGAAGGUAAUGCCUUUGUUCUUAGGAGCACAGCUUCAGGGGAGCAGAGGGUGGAGUCCUGGGUCUGGUCAGGCAUCACGAUGAGGACCCUGAAUGAGGAGCAAGAGGACCACUCACUCCAGAACAGAGGAGAAUGCAGAGUCCCACCCCUGAUGUCAGCCCCAGGCGGCCCAGGACAAAGCUUUCUGGCUGACGUGCCCCCUCUGUCCACUGGGAGUGGUCUCAGGGAGGCGAGGGCCUUGGUCUAUUGGGAACAGCCUCACUCGGUAGAGACUGGAAAUCUAGUGACUCUAAAUGAGGAUAAAGGGACUCCACCUAGAACAGAGCCCUGCCACUGGAUACCUCCCCUCGGCAAAUCCAGGAAUGUUGGCAUGAUGUGCCCCACACGUUUCCUUUUAGAGCGUCUCAGCUGCCCUCAUUGCCUGCCUUCCUGCCCACACUCCCGCCUGCUGGCCCUGACCUGUGUCAUCGUGCCUCGGGGCCGGAAGAGCAAGCGCCGUGCCCGCGAGAAACGCCACCAGGCCCGGGGCGAGACGCAGAGUCUCAAGGGUGCCCAGGCCACUGAGGCGGCGGUGGCGGCGGCGGCAGCAGAGAUAAAAGAGUCGCCCUCCUCCCCCGCUUCUGUUUCUUGGGGUACUCCCCCAAGCUCCCGUGCUGCUGGCACUCGCCAGGAGCCUCAGGAAGCCCCAGCCACUAGCUCUCGUGAUGCAGGGGUUUCAUGCCCAGGAUAUGAAGAGGGUGCCCGGGCGAGCCAAGAUGAGGAUAGCGAGUCACAGAUGAGCGGGCCUGCCCCAUCCUGGACGGUUCCUCUUUCCCUCCCCUACCUGGACACUGGUGGUUGGAGCAUGCCCAGAGAUCCUCCCUCUCGUGGUCAAGGACCACUGCUAGGUUUCCAGCCAUACCAGGACCAAGCAAGACAAAACCGCCAGCACAGGUUGACGCAGGCGCACCAAGACCUAAAAGGUGACUCAAGGUAA